CCCGAAAUCUUCCCCCCAGAAGAAGAACACCAACUCCUCUCGGAAAGCAACGCCGAAAAGUCCUCCGCAAACAAAACCUUCACCUCAGGCGACUACAGCUCCGCAAUCCAAGGCUACGAAAAAGCCCUCGCGCUAUGCCCUACCUACCUCGAAUACGACAUCGCCGUCCUGCGCUCCAACAUGGCCGCCUGCCAGCUCAAGCUGUCAGAAUGGAAGCACGCCGUCGAGAGCGCGACACAGGCCCUCGACGCGCUGGACAAGCUCGACCCGCCGCUUAUUCGGGAGAAAGGGGGGGUUGAGGCGGAAAAAGGCGAGGGCGGCGUGGUGGGCGAGGUCGACGAUAGCACGGAAGUCCUGCUCGAUGCGCUCACGCGUACAAAUCACUCGAUACACGAUGUUCAGAAACUGCGGACUAAGGCCAUGCUACGGCGUGCUAAGGCGCGACAUCAGGUCGGGGGGUGGUCGUCUCUUCAGGGCGCGCUGGAGGACUAUCAGGCGCUGGUGCGGCCGCCACAUCAGCUUUCUGGCCUGGAUAGACAGGCUGUGCAGGUGGCGAUGCGGAGGUUACCGCGCGAGUUGGAUGAGGCGAAGGAUAGUGAGAUGGCGGAUAUGAUGGGCAAGUUGAAGCAGUUGGGGAAUGGGAUGCUGAAGCCGUUUGGGUUGAGUACGGAGAACUUCCAAUUCACGAAAGAUGAGAAGAGUGGGGGGUAUAGCAUGAACUUUGACCAGAACGCCGGC